AUGUCAUCUUCUUCAAAGGAAGAAGGUAAUAAAAAAAGAGAUAGUUUGGUUGAUAAAGUGUUCUCUUGGUCUCUUCAUGAUAUUUUUAAUCAUGAUCUUUACAAAGAUAAGGUAAACAAAAUCCCAAAGACAUUCUCAUCAGUGAACCAAUACUUGGAUUCAUACCGUUAUCCUCUUCUUGAAGAGACACAUGCUGAUUUGUUGUCAAAUAUGAUGAAUUUGUAUAAGGCACCGAAAUGCAAAAUUCUAUCUGUUCAGAAACAUAAACAUUAUAAACCACCCAGGAAUUUCAUUUACACUAUAUUGUUCGAUCAUAUUGGAGAAGAUGGAAAACCUGACAAAGACGUAUACAAGCCUCAAGGUUCUGAUAUAAUUGCUUUCUCAGAUGUGAGGCCUGAACGUGUCAAGGACUUCGUUCGAGUGUCAUAUAUUCCUGCUAUGAUUUUAGGUGUUGAUGAAAACGGUGAAGACAACCUGAUUAAUGAUCCCCUUUUUGCUGUAUAUCUUAUAAACAUGACAACAAAUCUUCGCAUAUGGAGGGCACUACAACCAAGUGGCACCAGAAAUGAAAAUAUUUUCAAGGAGGUUCUGCGGGCUAAUUCCAAGGCUGAAGUUGACUGUAACAUCUGUUCUCAAGAAGCUGAACUGGCUCUCAGCAAAGGCUUGCAGUCGUUCAAUCUUAAUGAAUCCCAACUUGGUGAAGUGUUACGUACUAUUGCAACAAGUUCAUGUAGUCACAAAAAUUCAGUCAAGCUUAUCUGGGGGCCUCCUGGCACUGGGAAAACAAAGACAAUCGGUAUACUUCUUUGGGCACUUUUAAAAAUGAAAUGUAAAGCUCUUACUUGCGCUCCAACUAACACUGCAGUUGUGGAGGUAACUACAAGGCUGAUGAGUAUUGUUAGGGAAACCUUAGAAAGUAACAAUUAUGGGUUGGGUGACAUAGUAUUAUUUGGGAAUGAUAAAAGAAUGAAUAUUGAUGCUCGUGGCGACCUUCGAGAUGUUUUUCUUGAUUAUCGCAAAGAGGAAACAGUAGGCGUUUCAGUAAGUGUUGGACAAUCUGGUGAAAGUAGCACCGGUGAGGAAGAGGAAGCGGUAAAUGAAGAAUUCAGUGAGUUUCUACUAAAACGGUUUUAUUUGAUAGAGAAAGACAUGAGAUUUUCAAUAAAAUCUAUCUGUUCUCACAUGCCUACCUCAUUCAUUUCUGUCACAAUGGUAAACAAAAUGUACACUACCCUUGAUUUGCUCAAGUUUUUUCGGGUUUCGCUAGUAAAGGGUUCUUAUUCCAAUCAAGAGCUCAAGAAAGUCUUCUCUGAUUCUGAAAUAAAAGAUUGCAGCAACAAAACAACCCCUGUGUUGCUAUUACGGAAGAACCGAGUUGAGUGCCUCGAAGUUUUGAAAUUCCUUGAAGAGUUUAAGUUUCCUAAUUUUCAGGGUGUAGGAUCAAUAAAAGAGUUUUGUUUGCAAAAGGCUUGCCUUAUUUUCUGCACUGCUUCAAGCUCAGCCAAACUAAGUACAAUUAAGGAACUGAAGUUGGUAAUCAUCGAUGAAGCUGCCCAACAUAAAGAGUGUGAAUCAUCUAUUCCGCUUCAACUAACUUAUGUCAGACAUGCAAUUCUCAUAGGCGAUGAACGACAAUUGCCUGCAAUGGUACAAAGCAAGAUUUCUGAAAAGGCUGAAUUUGGUAGAAGUCUCUUUGAGAGAUUGGUGUCACUCGGACAGAAUAAGCACCUUCUGAAUAUCCAGUACAGAAUGCACCCUUCCAUAAGUGUUUUCUCAAAUGUUGAAUUCUACAACAAACAAAUAUUAGAUGCUCCGACUGUCAAAGAAAGAAGUUAUACAAGAAACUUGCUUCAAGGGAGAAUGUACGGGUCUUUCUCGUUUAUUGAUGUUUCUUAUGGGAAGGAGGAAUUCAAUGAUAUGCACAGCUGCAGAAAUCCGGUGGAAGUAGCAGUGAUUUCAGUCAUAAUUGAGAACCUUUACAAAGCUUCAAUUGCAAACAAGAACAAAGUCAGUGUUGGGGUUAUAUCCCCUUACAAAGCGCAAGUGUUCGCGCUCAUGGAUAAACUUGGCAACAAAUAUGAGGCACACAGUAAUUUCUCAGUGAGUGUUCGAUCUGUUGAUGGGUUUCAAGGAGCCGAGGAAGAUGUUAUAAUUAUGUCUACUGUCAGGUCUAAUGGCAAUGGAUCAGUGGGAUUCCUUUCGAAUCAUCAAAGAACAAAUGUUGCUCUAACAAGGGCAAGGUACUGCCUUUGGGUUGUGGGGAAUGGACAAACUUUAAUGAACAGUGACUCAGUAUGGAAGAAACUAGUGCAAUCUGCCAAGGGCAGAGGAUGUUUCUUUCGUGUUGAUGAUGACAAGAUGUUAUCUAAAGCAGUUAUAAACGCCUUGAUUGAGCUUAACCAACUUGAAGAUUUACUCAAAAGAGAUUCUUUACUCUUUAAAGGUGCAAAAGGGCAGGUUAUCUUUAGUGAUGGAUUUUGGAGCUCAUUAUGGGGAAUAAAGAGUGUUGAGGUCCGCAAGAACUUAGUUUCUUUGUUAAUGAAGCUUUCAAGUGGAUGGCGUCAACGUUCUCAAAAAGAAAAAGAGCUCAAAACUAAUGAUGGGGAUGUUGCACAGCUAUUGCAGAGGAACCAGAUCAAUAGGCAUCUAAAUCUACUUUGGACUACAGAUAUUGUCAAAGAAAAGUCAAAUUACAUCCAAGUGCUAAAUUUUUUGGAUAUACUGCCGUCAGCGGAGAUACCUCCUAGACUUGCUAAAAGUCUAGAUGCCAUUUUUCAGAGUUACACAGUCCAAAAAAUGUGCCGCUGCAAGCACAAACGUCUUGAAGGGGUACUAGAAGUUCCAAUGAGUUGGGAGUUCAGUCCUGAUGAUACUAUUGGCGCUGGAACUAAUUAUGAAGACUUGUCAGCUGCACUGGCUUCACUAAAUCAUGCGAAGGAACACACCUCAAACUCAAAGAGCCAUGGUUCAAGCUCAAGAACUUUGAAGGUUUCUCUAAUUUCUGGUGAUAUGCAGGGGUCAGAGUUCACGAGCCACAAAGCCCAGGGGUUUCAGGAGCAAGUCUACAUCAAAGCAGGAGUGGCACGUAGUUUAAGAAGGGAUGAUGAGUUAAAAGUUCUUGCAGGAAUUUUUCCUGCAGUGUAUUAUUACUUACAUUUCAGUCGUUCUAGACAAACCGUGUUUUUGGACAUUUAUACGCUGUGA